AUGCUGAUUCAGGUCAUCGCCAUCGCGCGAGUCUUGGCUCAGCAGAUCCUGGAGGAGCGCUGGGACGUCUAUCAACCCAUCUCCAAGGUUGAGGAGAACCUGCGUCGCAGCGAAGGCCUUGCGGCCGUGACACGAAGUCGCUUUCACUUCCGGAGGGACUUCCUGGGAGGUGCCACCAAGGACCUUGGGGACUUUUCUUUGGAGGAGAUUCUCUUCGGAGAUGGGCACGGAGUCUUCGCACGAUGCUUGAGCUUCAUGCAGCGGAAGCAUGAAGCAGGAGCAUGUUCUGCCACCACCCUGCAGCGCUUCACAAAGUACGUAGAACUCUUUCGACGCCGUUGUGCGGGUGAACUGCCCACCCCUGCGGCGUGGUUGCGCCAGCGCUUGGCCGCACACAAGGACUAUGCCGGUGGUUCUGUGGUUCCUCGAGAGUUUGUGAAAGACAUGGUAGUGCUGGCUGCAAGUCUUUCACAACAGCCGAGAGCCGCACCUCGUUGCGAGUCCCCGGGGUCCCCGGUAGCCCUGGGACGUCGCAAAGUUUCACAGAGGGAGCAACACAGAGGCUGCUGGAGACCCAACGGCAGAGUCUUUGGCAACGAAUGCGUCGCUCCUUCAACUCCUUUGCUCCGCGCGAUUCCGAGGUCAACUUCAGCCCUGAACUCGAGGCAGAGGUGCGACGGACCUUUCCAUCGCCAACUUCCCUUCGAGGUCGCAAUACGUUGGACGGUGGCUCCCAGGCGAGGGGUGGACCGCUAUGGUGGAAACGAGGCAGCUUCCAUAGAGGAUAUGCACGCAGUGAACGAUCCAGCGGCCGACACCGCAGCCAACUUCAUGGGGCGGGAGGCACCGCGAAAUGUGUCACAACGAAAGAGCAUGCUGCCAGGUCAAAGACCCUGGAAUGCCUUUAAAAGGGGCACGCAGAUCAUCGUCCUGUUGUGGAGCCUCAGUGUCAUUUGGGCCUUGGUGAAGUCGGUGCUCAACACUUACGAUGCCUGGAAAUCCGAAAAGGAGGCAGCGCUGCGAGACGCCCCCCAACACAUUGUCGAGCUGCCGCACUUCUUCACACCGAGCCUUUGCGCAGGUCUGCAGGACGAGCUGCAAAGAAGUUCGCACGUUCUGCCGUGGAGCUCAUGGACGCAGGCCAAGUUUGAGUCGCCAGUGCUGGAUGCUGGCUGUGGGUGGGAUACAGCCGAAGAUGUGAGCCUCACAUGCGAUGCGACUUCCUGCACGGCCGCGCUGCUGCAGAGAGGUGGUCGCAACGUGACCUUGUGCACUGCGAUCCCAAGGGGCGGCCAGUUGACCUUGACUCCGCUGCUUUCAUGGACACUGACGUCAGGAGCCAGCCCUUUACGGAACCUCGCGCUACAAAUUCAAGGAGAAUCGCUCCACAUCUACGCGGCCACGCACCAGGAUGGAUUGCUUCUCCUGAGACCUCGAGGUGAGCAGCUGCGACCAGUUCUGGAGGUUGAAACUUCCAAGGAACGAGGCUCCUGGACCCCCGAGCUGCUGUUGGUGCUAAAGGAUGUGCUCUUCUCCUUUCGCCCAGAGGAAAGCUGCUGGUGGGUGGCACGCAUACUUCACCUGACCUGA